AUGGACUAUUCAAACCGUGUUAACUCCAAGAAGGGGUCUGGUGGAGUAGCAGAUGUACAGGAGACAAAAGUUCACACCAAACGACGCUUAAAAGAAUUACUUACUACACAAGUAUUGGAUCUUGAUAGUGAUCCAUAUGUCUUCAGAAACCAUUUGGGAUUGCUAGAAUGCCGGUUAUGUCUCACCACACAUGUCAGUGAGUCGUCAUAUAUAUCGCAUAUUGGAGGACGAAAGCAUCAGAUGAAUCUUGAAAAAAGAAAAAUUCUAGAUGAGAAAUACUCCAAAAACCAGCAGGGCACCAACUCGAGUACCAGUAAUGCAUCGAUAAUAUCUAUUAAUAAUACGCCUAAGAGGAGCUGGACGAAGAUCGGACGACCAGCGUUUAAAGUCACCAAGAUCAGAGAUGCGGAAACGCUACAGAUGGGGUUGCUCAUCAAUGCGAAAUACCCCAAUGCAAUAGCCGAAGAGCCAUUUUUCCGAAUUAUGUCAUACUACGAGUUGUCAACCAAAAAUCAGAAUGUGGCACUAUCGUAUGUGCACAAAGAAGCCCAUGAUAAGGAUGAUGCAGACCCUAAUAAUUGGCAAUACCUUGUUAUCACGGCAGAGCCAUAUGAGAACAUAUGUUUUGCGAUUCCAAACAACAAAGAGAUCGACAAGCCGGCAGUUUUGGGCCAAAUGUCAAACACCUUUUGGUGGUACUGGGAUGAAGACACCAAGGACUUCUUCUUGCAGUUUAUGUAUAAAUAG